AUGUUCUUCACGUCAACUUCGAGCAGCAACUACGAGCGUCUCGAGGGCGGCUUGGGUCCAGGUCGUACGGCUAGGAUGCUAGCAUGGAAGAAGUUCGCAAUUGGUGCUGCAUUGCUCAUUUCUGUGGUCUGGCUUUUUGGACCGAGAUCGAGCAUAGAUUUGAUACCUGGCUCGUCAUUGCCUGGCAUGGACGAUGAUUAUCCCCCAGUAGUACCUAUACCCACAAAGACAACUCCUUUGGAUCCCCCAGAGGAUGAAAUCGACAUUCACAAGACUAUUAUUAUAUCGCCACCAUCCCAAACCUCCUUCCCUACCUCUCCCGAAACAGACCCAGACCUCCUCAAAACUGUACACUGUACAUCCCCACAUUCUCCUACCCUCCCUCUUGUGCAGUAUGCCCUCAUGAUUGACGCCGGUUCUACUGGCUCGCGCAUCCACAUCUACAAAUUCCACAACUGCGGACCCUCGCCAACCUUUGAGUACGAGGUGUUCCGCAUGAUUCAACCAGGGCUUUCUUCGUAUGCAGGACUCCCAACUGCAGCGGCAGAGAGUCUUGACCCUCUCCUUGACGAAGCCAUGACCGUGGUACCAGAAUCCCUGCGCGGUUGCACGCCUGUCGCUGUUAAAGCCACCGCUGGGCUUCGACUUCUCGGCGCCCGCCAAAGUGACGAUAUUCUCAAAGCGGUGCAUGACCACAUCCUCUCCAAAUACCCCUUCCCAUUCCCCGAUAAGGAUGGUGUAGUCAUCAUGGAUGGCAAAGACGAAGGUGUCUAUGCAUGGAUCACUGCGAACUAUCUUCUCAAUACCAUCAGAGGUGAUUCGCCCAAGGACGCACCGCCCUAUGCAGUGCUCGAUUUGGGUGGAGGGUCCACGCAGAUUGUGUUCGAGCCCCAGUUUGGCGAUGAGAAAAGCGACAAAGGUCUCAAGGAGGGCGAGCACAAGUAUGAGCUCGAGUUUGGUGAGGCUAAGCGAGUGUUAUACCAGCACUCAUAUCUUGGAUAUGGCCUCAAGAGCGCUCGGGAGAGCGUGCAUCGCGUCGUCCAAUUCAUGGAUUCUCUGAGGUCCAGCAAGAACGACGCUAAUGAUCGGGUAAGAAUGAUCCACAACCCUUGCUUGGCUCAAGGGUCCGUGAAAGAGGUGAAGCUUCCCUCGGGGGAUGGCGAUACCAUGACAGUGACGAUGACAGGAUCGGAUGUUGGCAAUUUUGAGGCCUGCAAUCGUAUCUUGGAGCUUGUCAUGGCAAAGGAUGACGUUUGUGAACUCAAACCGUGCUCCUUCAAUGGUGUUUACCAGCCGUCACUCCUGGACGCCUUUCCUAAUGGAAAAAUCCUUCUUCUCUCGUAUUUCUACGAUCGAGUCACUCCAUUACAAUUAGCAGACUCGUCACCAGAUCAUCCCCAGCCCCCAAUGUCAAUUUCAACAUUCGCCACGCUUGCUAAACGGGUCUGCGCGGGACCUACCAGCUGGGAACAGUACUGGGGUACCUAUCCUGAAGUCAUGGAGGAGCUAGAAGGUCGACCAGAGUGGUGCCUUGAUCUCAGUUUCCAGCACGCUUUGCUGGUUCUUGGCUACGAGUUUGGUGAUGAUCGGGAGGUGCAGCUUGGGAAGCGUAUUGAAGGCACAGAGCUUGGUUGGUGUCUUGGUGCCACGAUAGCGAUGGUGGGUGGAAAUCUACGUUGUCGGGUGUAG